CCGCCUGCCGGUGCCGGGGACUGGUGGUGAGUAUCCGCUACAGCGCGUCAGGACGGGACCGUGAACCCGGAGACGGUACACAGCGAGGCGAAAGCGAGACACAGGUGUAAAGGCUCUCUAAAGAUCAGGACAACCUGCAGUGAUCAGGGGAGGAGAGCUUGGACAUUUAGUGGAUGGAGCAGAUGUCUGAGGAGGCACUAAGGCUGAACUUAUUGAAGCGAGGUCUGGAGUCACCCAACGAACGAGAGGAGGCUUUGGCCAAGCGCCUCAAAAUGGAGGGCCACGAGGCCAUGGAGCGCCUGAAGAUGUUGGCGCUGCUAAAACGCAAAGAUCUCGCCGACCUGGCCGCCCUGGAGGUCGCCGGUCCUCUGGGAGAUGGAAAGGGCCCUGGUGCCAGUACGCUUCAUCACCAGAGCCUCAUGGGUACCAAUUAUGAAGAAAAACUAAAUGGGAGUCUGAGACUGGGAGGACAUGGCGGCCAUGUUGGACCUAGUAAGAAUGGGAAGGAGAACAUUCUGGAUGAGCCGGUGGACAUGAGCGCACGGAGAUGUGACACAGACCAUGAUAGAGGAACUCCGUCUCCAGACGUUAUCAUUCUGUCAGACAAUGAGGCAUCCAGUCCCAGAGCAACACCUCAUCCCGAAGAGCGCCUGAACCAUGCAAACCUGGACAUGUUCAAGGGUAAGACCGGAGAGGAGCGGCAGCAGAUGAUCAAAGCCCUAAGAGAGGAGCUGCGUUUGGAAGAGGCUCGUCUGGUGCUGCUCAAGAAGCUCCGCCAGAGUCAGAUGCAGAAGGAGAAUGUGGUGCAGAAGGUAUCGGUGGUCCAGAACGCUGCCUCUUCUGGGCAGCCCCCUUCCAUCCACGGCUCCCCUGGAUUUGGGAAGCUCCCGAUACGGCCAGGCAUGCACAAUCCCGAGCCACAGAACCUCCGCACUGCACAGGGUCACACAGUCAUCAGGUCGGGAGCCAACGCCAACCUGCCACCCAUGCUCAUGUCCCAGCGGGUGAUUGCCCCCAACCCUGCUACACUGCAAGGCCAACGGCUCUCCAAACCUGGGAUGGGUCGCUCCAGCAUGGGCAACGCCGUAAGCUACCAGCAGGCUAGCCAGCAGGUGGCAGCAUCCCAGCGAUCAGGCUCCAGUGCCAUGUACAUGAACCUUGCACACAUGCAAGCAGCGGCAGCAGCAGGUGCCAGCGGGGUGGCGGGCGGCCUGGGCGGAACCUCUGCCGUCAGCCCAUCGACUCUAUCCGGCUCUGCCAGCGGAGGCGUUAACUCCAUGGCGGACCAAGCCAGCAGCCAGGCCGCCGCCAAGCUUGCCCUGAGGAAGCAGCUGGAGAAAACGCUGCUGGAGAUCCCACCGCCUAAACCCCCUGCCCCACUCCUCCACUUCCUGCCAUCGGCCGCUAACAGCGAGUUCAUCUACAUGGUGGGCCUAGAGGAGGUGGUGCAGAGUGUCCUCGACAGUCAGGGUAAACUGCGUGGCACGCUUUCCCGCAUGGAGCCUUUUUUCUGUGCCCAGUGCAGAACUGAUUUCACCCCCCACUGGAAGCAGGAGAAGAGUGGGCGAAUCCUGUGCGAGCAGUGCAUGAUGUCCAAUCAGAAAAAAGCUCUCAAGGCAGAGCACACUAACAGGCUGAAGAAUGCCUUUGUGAAGGCCCUGCAGCAGGAGCAGGAGAUUGAACAGAGGCUGCAACAGGCAGCCCUCUCGCCCAGCUCGGCGCCCAGUGGCCCAAAUGCCUCCAAGACAGACUCCUUGAUUCGACAUCAUGCUCUGCGCCAGGCACCUCAACCUCAGGCCUCAAUGCAGAGAGGUCUGUCCAACUCUGCGCGCGGUGUCCUGUCUAACUUUGCCCAGGCCUCUCAGCUGUCAGUCGCCAGCAGCCUCAUGGGGAUGAGCAGCGCAAAGCACUGUGGCAGCAGUGGAGGCGGAAGCACCAGCAGCAGCAGACUGCAGCAUGAUAGCCGUCGCCAGAUCUACAAUAUCCCAGGGUUAAAUAUCGCCUAUCUGAACCCAGCGGCAGUCGGCGCCCAUAAGAGCUCCAGCUUAGCAGACCGACAGAGAGAGUACCUGUUGGACAUGAUCCCGCCCCGAUCCAUAUCGCAGUCCAUCACCGGACAGAAAUGAGCCCCAAACAGCCCUGUGGCCCAUCUGAAGACACGCCUCCCUGGGCCCUGUUGUCGGUCUCCACAUGGAAGCACUCCACCAUCAGCCAAUAUAUCCCCCCUCUGCCCCAAGGCCCCACCCAUCGCAUGCAGUGCCUGUCCACGUGCCUACCUUAAACUGACCCAUUCAAAACCCGCCAAGUCACAGAAAGACAAUUAAAAAGUCAGCACAUCUCAAAUUUAAUUAGCAUUGCCCUUAAUUGUAAUUCCCGUUAUUACCACACUAUUUGAAAUGCACCUACCUUUUUUUGGCCUAUGUUACUAUUACUUAUUAUUCUUUCUUAGUAUAAUUUUGUCUGUCUGCUGUCAUUCCUUUACCUAAGGAAGUGGUGGUUAAAUCAUUGUAGGGUCACUUCAGAUUUUUUAAUUGUAUAGGAUUUUUUUUUUCCAUUAAUGCUCCUCUCAUAUAUUGAGUUUAGAUUGGAGUAUUGCUGGUAACAGUGUGCAUUCUUGUUACUAUGCAACUUUCAAGCUUCGUAGUAAAUGCUACAUGGGAGUCUCAAAGCGGAAUACUGAUCCAGACAAUAAUAUUUAGUUUGAUACUGCUCUGUUUUUUCUUCAAAAGAAGAUAAAGAGCCUGCUCUCAAAAUAUUAGUCUGUUGGACGGGGGGCAGAUGACACUGAGGACAGAGCAUCCGCAUUGUCAUCAUCUCAUCAAAGUGACACAGUUAAGGGCAUCCCAAGUAUUAAAUUCCCUCCACCAUCAAUGCUAAUGAAUGCGAGAUGACUGACAGAAGGGUCCUGACAUCUCAGAAAGCCAAUCCCAUGUGAUCAAACAUUUUCCUUUGCUUGUCAACUCCCGCCAUUACUCCCAUCAAGCUUCACUGCUCUGCUCAUUUCCGAGGUCGGUGGCCGUCUUCUACUCCAGAUAUCCCCCUCUUACAUAAUGGAUGUACACAUGACAGUAGCUCUACGAAACACAACUGAGCAACGCAGCUCAAGCAGAACAAUGCACACACCAGAGGAGGAGAGAGCUGACAGGUUUGGGAUCUUUGCAACUCGACCAGAGGAAAUCACCAACUAACUCAUCCAGAAUUCAGGAGGAGGAACAAGGCUUAGCAAAGCAGAUGUGAUGACCCUCCUGCUUCCAUCCUUCCCACCCACCCCAACCCCCACAAACUACCUUUGGUUAUGCACAGACUGGACCCUUUCUACCCAGCAGCUCGUCUUUCACAUCACAUGUUCUUUCAAUGUGAAAAGAACUCCACUCUUGAAGGUGGAAGCACAUUUUGUGCACCCAGACCAGAUUCUGUACUUACAAACCAUGAAUUCUGGUGCAUUUAUUCUAAUGUUUGGGACUAUAUUUUCUGAUUCUUAGCCCCCGCUAUCCCAAACCGAGCCCCACCCACACCUGAUUUUGUUUUUACUUUUAUUUUUUAUUUUUUUGCGGCGUCUCCUCUUAAAACGUUGGCGGACCUAAGAGGUGUAAGCCUUCAGGAGACGAUAAUAAUCAACAAAGUUAAAAACAAACAAAAAAAAAUAUCUGAGAGGAUUAUGUAUAGAUACUUAGCAUCAAAGGGAGAAAACAAAGGAUGUGGAUUAUAUCUUUUAUGGGAGAGACAUGGAUCAAUCAUUGUGUGCAUGUAGUGCACACAAGUUGCCUCACUCCAGAGGAGCACUUUGCAUAUUUCCAAUUGGAAAAAAAAAUGUUUUUUUACAAAAAAAUGGAAAAAAAAAAAGAGGAAAAGAAUGUUACAAUUAAGAGUCUCUUAAGGUCUAGAAGCUGGCUUAGGGCCUAUCAGAGAGUCACAGGUUUUAUGGUUUACUUCUAAUGUUCUUUGGCGGUGUUGCUCUUAGAAUGUUGGACCUCAAGUUGCAUGUCACUGCUCCCCGUUGUGGUGUGGUCGACCCAGCCUGCGAGGAAGCUACUUUCAGCUACGGUAGAAGCAUGAGUACACUCACCUAAAUCGGUCUAUCCAAACCGAAACCUAUGGUCUUUGAACCAAAGCAUAUCCUGAAUAAGAAUUGAUAGGGAAUCUGAGGGUAUGGGGAAGGAUUAGUGUGAUUAGGCAGUAAAAAAAAGCUCAAGUCCGGGUCGUAAGAAUUCCCACGGUGUCUCUUUUUCGCCGCACAAAUGGACUCGGCUCUACUUUGCUCUACUUUCCUUGCUUUGAAGCAGUCAGUUUCCCAUGUCAAAAUUGUACAGUAGUGUAUAUCAGUAUAUCUUUUGACAUGGUCGGAUCCCCAAAUGCUGAGCUACUAGAAACCUCAAAUUACCUGGUAGUUCCUGGUUUUGCCAGUCGUAAUGCGCCAAUCACGAAUAUAGCCAUCUUGAGCCAUGAGUAUGCCAUGCCAUACCUGGUCAGGUUAUAUCAGUGCAAUCAUUUCAGGAACAAAAGUUUUAUUUCCUUUUUCUCAUAGUUUCAAUGUUCAUUUUUACAUGUUCACAUCCAUCUCCAUCGACUUUCAUACUUUUGACAUGUAGUUGAGGUUGUACCACACCACAAUGAGAUAAAAGUCAUGUCCCAAUUCAGAAGCUUUCGUUCCGAAGCAGAAUUGGAACAUAUCGAAAUGCAGUCCUGCUUUGUCGACAGUAGGUUUCUGAAAAGUCUCUUCAAAUUCGAUAGGUCAUUCAAAUGUAGCCAUUUUCCUUUUUUUUUUUUUUUUUAAACUUUACAGCUAUCCUUAUUCCAAGUCUAUGCUAUAAAGUCUUUAAAUAUAGCUGUGUACAAAGAAAGUGUGAAUUUCACUUUAAAAUGUAUUCAUCUACUAUCACCCAUAUUUCAUUUCAUAUUUACACUCUUUACACCUUAAACUUUUUUUUCUUGUUUUAUGCUCCAUUCAGGCCAAUGGUACCAUCUAAAGAAUAUUUCUUGGAAUAUGAUAAGCACGUCGUUGGUCACUUGCGUAUUAACUUGGUCUAAAAGCUUUGGGAGUUGUUGGAAAUCAUUGUCGGCAUAUUAUUAAUAUAAUGUGUACUCAGUAGCAUUUCAAUCAGUGUUCAAGACAUUGCAGUAUUAUUCUUGGAAUACAAUUGUUGAAGGAGGUUGAGGAGUUGGUUAAGCAUCAGGGGAAAUGAGACAGUUCUCACUAGGGCCUGACGGCAUUUCACCCGAAACAAAUAAAAGGUCUAAGUUUUUGUGAUCCAAGUUGUGAAUGAAAACGAAUGUUUAACAACAAAAUGUGUAUUGAAAUUGAUUAUAUUUGGCAAGAUCCCACGAAUAAAUCCUGAAUACUGAGACAUUGCCGAACUUGUACCAUAGUGUUACUUCUGGCCAGAGCUAAAGGAUGGUGCUAGACAUGCUGUAGUCAGUGAGAAUGGUCACGUUAGUGGGGGGAGAGGGGGACCGAACACGAAAUGCUGGAUGUCCUCCAUUGUUGUUUACUGUUGCUGUUCAUUCCAUUAUUAGGUUACAUUCUGUUUGCACUGACAUACAGUACUUUCGACAUGCCUUGUGGCAAGCUGAACUCAAACUACUUGUUAGAAAUUGGGCUCAACUUACUCUGCAUUUCUUUUUAAGCAAGUACUUGGGCUGUGUUCACAUUCGUAAUGGGUUCUCUGGUCUGGACAGAAAAUGAAAAUAUACAUGGCACAUCACCGUUGGUCCUCAGUUUUUGCCGUAAGACCAAACGUCGCCAUGUAAAGAUGCAUACUUUAUGACCUAGUUGAACAAAAUUGGAAUUUCCAAAACAAUAUUACUUGAUCGUAAAUCUUUAGCCUGCCAUUGGAUGGAAACCAGUCCAACGGUGUAUAUCAGCUCUGACCCAAAGUUGUGAAUAAGCUGUAGUUCACCGAUGAAACCAAUGACAAGCUGAAUAGAAAAUGGAUCAAUUGGUUAGGAUUGGAUGGCUUUACAGUAAAAGCACCAAGAGACCCCGUAGCUCAGUGGUCAGAACAGUGGUUUGGUAAACCAGGGGUUCUGGGUUCGUAUCCCACUGGGGCCUCCACUCCCUGAGAAGGGUUGCGUCAGGAAGGGCAUCCGGCGUAAAAAUUGUGCCAAACAUAUAUAUGCGUUCAUCUGAGAUGCUACACUGUGGCAACCCUAAAAGGGACAAGCCAAAAGAAACACACACACAGUAAAAGCACCAAGAGUUCCUUUAUUGCAUAUACACACCACAUUUCUGAUGCCUGACCUUAAAACAGUUUUUUGGCUUUACACUGCUUACAUUUCCAUUGUGCUUCAACUUUUAUCUUUGGUGUGAGUUAUAUUCAAAUUCCAGAACCAACCCAAAUUGCUCCUCCUUUUGUCUGUAAGCGUACCUGGUGAGAGUGCCUAGCCACACUGCUAAGGGUUUAUAGAACAGUUAAUUUUAACCCAGCUUAACCUGCCAAAUGUGAACACACACUCAAGUAUUUGUUGUGAUCUUUUCGUGAAGUACAUUAAUUAGACUGUCGCUUCUCAACUCAUCUUCCAAGGUGAGCUUGUAAACCACACUCGGAGGUACUAAACUAGUAUAUAGUUUUAGCACUUAAUCUGUUUGCAUCUUUUGGCUUUAAGCCACAUUUAAAUCUUGGUAAAGCUUAAUUGGACGAAUAUAAACCAUAAUACUUCAUUUGGAUGAGUGUAUGCAAUGUCUUACAGUCACAUAUCUGCCUGUCGUUUGAGGUAUCCACUUGCUGCCAAGUGUUAGGAGUUUAAACUAAGCUUAACAGUAAAAUAGUAUUUUCAAACCAAUGCUAAAAGAGCUAAAUGUUUCUUAUUUAAUCUAAAUUUGAAGAAUUCAACGCAGAGCACUUUGUUUUCACAUAUGCAGCACUCCAUAGUCACGUAGACACCUUUUAUUUAAGAUAGGAACUCAUGCUCAAGUGCUAGCUGAGCUGAAUAGUAAAACAAUACUUUUAAACCAUUGUUAUAAAGAACUAAUGUAUUGUCGUUUGAAGCUGAAUUGGAGGAAUUAAAGCCGCAACCAAUACCUUUGAUUGUAUGCAUCAGGUCACAUCACAAAGCCACUUUUCAUUUGAGCUAGCAACUCAGCUGAUUUAGCCGAGCCAAAUAGAAAAAGAAAAAAAUGCUUUCAAACAAUUGUUCGUGAGAAAUUAUUCACUUUAAAGAUAAAUUGGAAGACUAUAACCCACAGCACUUAGUUUUGAUGAGUCUUGUAUCCCUUUCAUUUUACCUAGCAGCUCAAAGCCAAGGGCUAGCGGUUUAAGCCAAGCUUAGUAGUAAAACUACACUUUUGAAAUAUUGUUCUAGAGAACUAAUUUAUUCUAAUUGAAGCUAAAUUGGUAGAUCACAAGCCUCAGCACCUAAGUUUUGAUGUCUGUAUACCACAUUUCGUUUCAGCUAGCAAUUCAAAGCCACGUGUUGGCGGUUUAAGCUAAGCAAAAUAGUUAACAAUACUUCCAAAUUAUUGUUCUCUAGAGCUAAUGUAUUCAUCUAGACGCUUAAUUGAAAGACUAGAAGCCAUAGCACAUGGUUUUUAUGAGUGUAUGCAGCGCUCCACAAUCAUUUAGACAGAAUUUUUUUUUUUUUUUUUUUUUUUAAAUGAGCGCAGCUAACAUCCACGUACUGGAGCAAACUAGUGGUUGAAGGUAAGCUAACAGCCAAGUUCACCGCCUUUCCCACUCAUUUGAUCUCACCACGUUCUGCACACUGGUAGUUUGUUCAGCGGACACAAAAGCAAUGACGUUCAUGUUGAGCAAACGUUAUAUAUUUGUGUUGAGCUAACGAAAUUGAGUUUUAGGGCAACGAGGCCUCUUUUACUGCCUCAGCCUUGAGAUAGCUCCAGUGUCUACUAGGGAUGGGCAUUUGAUUUCUUUUGAAAAAUUACAAAUGAGUUUACUGAUUUUUUUUUUUAAAUAUAUUUUAAUUUAUUUUAGAUAGCAGAAGACCGUUUUUGUUUUAUUUUGUUGUCACAAUUGUUUUCAAAUUUAAAGCCAUUCAUACCGGUCAUGUUCUUUUUCGUCAGACCUAACUAGUUGUGACUGAAUAAAGAAUGGCUCUGCUUGUUGCACCUUAGUAGUGCACUCUAGUUUUCAGACGUAAUUAUCAAUCUGAAGAAUUGUUCAUGAUUGAUGAAUGAACUAAUCCACCAUUAUGCCCAUCCCUAUCUUCUACACAUUUACAUUAUUUCUUCAUGCAUCAUUAUGGCUGCUAGUAGCUUUGUGAGUGGUUCUCCAGUUCAGUAGUAAUAUAAAGGCUGGGUGGUGGUGGUGGUGGUGAUGAUGAUGAUGAUGAUGAUGAUGAUGAUGAUGAUGAUGCUUGAACAAUCCAGGCCGUGACUGGGUCACAGCAUUCGAGCGAGAGGGAAGUCUUAGGCCAAGACUCUGAAACUACCUAAAAGAAGACAUGUAAACUAAAGUUUACAAUUGGACAAAAUUCCUUUUAAUUUAGUCAAAGAAAAUUAAUCAGUUUCCAGAUAUAUUUUCAUGAUUUGUUUUGGUUUUUUGUUUGUUUUUAUGUCGGGGGUGAAUUUUUAAUAACCGCCAUUUGGUUUUAGAAUGGUCAUGCAUCUUUUAGCUGUCAAGUUAAAGUAUAUAUUGGAAAAAAAAACUCCUGUCUCUCUCUCUUUCUCUCUUUCUGUUUGCAUCCACACCUUUGUAUUUUGACUCCAGAUUAUUUUGAAUGUCAUUCCCCCCUCCUCCUCACAAAGUCUUUUUUUUAUUUCUGGCAACUAAAUUCCUCUAUUGAGUUUACUUUCUAUUGCAGUUUAAAAAAGAAAUAAACAAAUGUAUUGACUAUGAGAUAAAUGACACAAUAUUUGCUAGGUUUGAAGUAAUAAUGACUUAUUGUACAUAAGCAUUUUCCUCCCUUGUACUGAAAAAAAACUAAAUGGUUGUAUAUUGUGUAGAAAAGCAAACAAAAAGCCAUGAAUAUUGUGAAG